AAUUAACCUUAACCAAGUUUCAUCAAAAUGCAAUUCAGCCAAAUGCAAAAGAGCACAGGAUUUCUGCAUAUUAUAGCUGUAUAGAACAGGCAGAAGUCUAUUGGUAGAACACAACAGUGCUUUAUACUUUCCUGAAUAACCAAGGUGUAACUAUUUCACAAUUGUGGCUUGAUAAAGGUAUUGGGCAAGACUGGGGCAAGAAUCACGCAGUCUUCUGGAUGCUGUUGCCUCUUCUGCUGGCUAGGGGUUCAGGGAGUUUGGAUUUUAAAAAGUAACUUUCCCAAGCUUUGUGUUUCUAUGUUAAUUUGUUGUUUGUCAAGCGCAAAAGCAUCAAGCCAAAAGAAAAGAAAAGAAAAGCCUUUGAUGGAGACCCAGCCUUCAAUGCCAUUGCAACGUAGAUGCAAAUUUCAACACCCAGAUGGUGCUUGUUAUUAUUUAAACCUGCAUCCAUUUUUCCCCUCCACAAUGCUCAGUAUAUAUUAUCUAUGUUUUGCUCAUUCAGGUAUGCUAAAGGACCAUAUCUGCUUAGCUCCACCAACUGAACUUUAGUAGUUCUCUAGGUGGCUCAAGAGUUAACUGUGUACAUGUGAAUGACAUGGGAGAUACCUCCUUUCCCAAGUAAAGUUGUAAGGUGUGGAAAAGCAGUAUGUAUUUAACAGUAUGGUGUGAUAUUGACCAAAGCUGAUUAUCACGCCUACUUGCUAUUUUAGACUAGUCCUUGUUACAGUGGUAGUGGUUCUUGGGAGUUAUAAAUACCGCCCACGAUUUAAUACUCUCUUCUAAGUCUUGCUUCCAUCCUGUGACAUCACUAUGUACAGAUUUGCUGACACAGAAUUAGGAAGGACUGACAGUCAUCCUCAGGAACUGUGUAACAUAGGUAUUUAAGUCUAAUAAUGCUGUAGGUUACACGUAAGCAUUAAUCUAUGGAACAUUCAGCGCUCCAGAUGAUAUGAAACUGGAACCACCAGUGGCCUAGUUAGUGUUACCAGGUUUCCAAAACAGCAUUAAAGGACACCUGAAAUUCAUGAUACGUAGGGUUGACGAUUAGGACAAGUUUCUAAAUAUCAAAUGAAUUACAAUUACAAACAGAACAAUUGAUUCCACCAUCUUAGCAGUUAUCACCAAAUAUAAUUAUUCAUAGAGAUAAUAAUACUGUAUACCAAAAGUUCAGAAAACAAUAAUGACAUAAUUGAUUUAAACUACUCAGAUAGGAUGAUGAUAGAAUUGAAUGUUAACAUUCCUGGGAUAUUAAACUAGACGUUGCAACCUGAUGUGUCUUCAUUAGCUCAUAUUUUUAAAUUAUGAUAUUGUGAUAGUCCUUCUUUAUCAGUCACAAGGACUAAGUUUAUAAGUGACUGAUACCAAAACUAAUAAAUACAAACAAUAUAGUGGGUUUGCAUUUUAAACUGAAUACAUUAAACAUUAACUAAAUGAAAUUACUUACAAAUUCAGAACUCUUCAGGAGUAAAUGUAAAUAUUUUAAUGCUUCUAAGAUACUGCAAUGAUUCAAUAUCAAGUAUGCUGGAAAUCUACUCUUAUUUGUCCUAAUCAUCUUUACCACCAUCGAUAAGUGCAAACGAUAACAAUAUACAAUUAUUAUGUUUAAACAUUCCACAACUGAUCAUUCUCCCUUGACAGAUGGAAAGCAACAUAAUUUCUGCCGACGGCGCUGAACGAGGGUGUUCAUUCACAGACAGAAUGACAGCUGGCUUGUAGCCUAUUAUACAUUUCAGGUUUUGUGGUCCCUUAUGAUCUCACAGGUUUGAAGAUUAUGGGGUGUGGUAUUUCGGCAAACAGUGCCUUCUUGAGCAAGCCAGACAAAGAUCAGGACUUGUCAGAUCCAUCUCACCCUGCCUUUAAAGCAGCUGUCCUGAUCCAAAGAUGGUAUCGACGCUUUGUGGCCCGGAUUGAAAUACGCCGACGAUGCACGUGGCGCAUCUUUCAAUCCAUCGAGUAUUCAGGGGAACAGGAUCACCUCAAGCUCAACAGCUUCUUUGAUUAUCUCAUGGGACAGUUCACAAAAAGCGGCCACAAAGACAGAGAUUUCCUUAACCGCAUAUUGUGGGAACCUGAAAACCUGAGUGAAAGCAAGCUAGUCUACCAAUCUGUCACAGUACCAGACAAUUAUAUGGGGCCCCGUCUUUCCUUUCCCCUCUUCCCUGAUGAUGCCAUUGUCCUACUGGAAGCAUUCAAACAUAAACAACAGCUUCAUGCUCACUAUGUCUUAAGACUCUUCCAUGAGGCCCAGAAGCAUCUGUCCCAGCUACCAAAUAUCACCCACAUCUCUACUUGUUACAGUGAGGAGAUCACUGUCUGUGGAGACAUACAUGGCCAGUUGGCUGACUUGUUUCUGAUAUUUCAUAAGAAUGGCCUUCCUGCGCCACAGAAGACGUAUGUCUUCAACGGUGACUUUGUGGACAGAGGCAAAUGUUCCAUGGAGGUCCUGAUCAUACUUUUUGUCUUCCUCUUGAUUUAUCCGAAGGCGGUCCACCUAAAUCGGGGAAACCAUGAGGACUAUAUGGUCAAUUUACGCUAUGGGCUCUCCAAGGAAAUUGGACAAAAAUAUAAGGAGCAUGGAAAUAAAAUACUGAAAUUGCUCCAGAAUGUCUUCAGCUGCCUGCCACUGGCCACUGUGGUGGAUCAGAAGGUCUUCAUUGUACAUGGAGGAGUGUCAGACACAACUGAUCUGGAUCAGCUGGCCACGAUUAACAGGCGUCGGAUUAUCUCUGUUUUGGCCCAGAAAAGGAACGGUUCAAAAUCUCUUGAUUCAAAUGAAUUGGAAAGCGGCAAAUUUUCCCGAGACAGUUCCCACAGGGCUUUUGACGCUGCAAAUAAAUCUGAGGUCUCCAAGAAGGUCCAGGAAGACUUGGAGGCAUGUCGCAGGAGGGCAGAGGACAUGAACAUGACUUCCUCCGACUCAGUAAUCAUUGAAGAUGAGGACAUCCAUCAGAUUUUAGACAUUUUGUGGAGUGAUCCCAUCCCUCAAGAUGGCUGCACAGCGAAUGAAGAUAGAGGAGGAGGAUGUUACUUUGGCCCUGAUGUGACGAAGAAGUUCCUGCAGAAGCACAACUUGCAGUUCAUCAUCCGUUCUCAUGAGUGUAAGCCGGAGGGCUAUGACUUCUGCCACAACCGAAAGGUAAUCACUGUCUUUUCAGCUUCGAACUACUAUACAAUGGGCAGUAACAGGGGUGCGUAUCUCAAAAUGGGACCCGAUUUGAUUCCUCACUUUAUCCAAUACCAAGCCAGCAAAACUGCACAUCAGCUGACAAUGACUCAAAGGCUCAGCCGAGUGGAGGUGUCAGCAUACCAUGUUUUAAAGGAGAAACUGUUUGCUCACAGAUCAGAUCUCACCACUGCUUUCAAGCGCUAUGAUAAGAAAAACACUGGCCUGAUCACAUUGAAUGACUGGGCAAAUGCUGUAGAGUCUGUCCUUCAGUUGGGGCUGCCCUGGCGGAUGCUGCGGCCACAACUGGUGCUACACCUUACCAAUGGGAAGCUGGAAUACAGGACGUGGCUCAGAGACAUAGUGACAGAGCAACGAUCAGCAGUCCAAGAGCGGCUACAGUCAAGUUUGUUAGAAAACAUUUACCGAAACCUUUCAAACCUGGAGACUAUCUUCAAUAUCAUAGACACUGAUCAUUCAGGGCUUAUUUCUCUGGAUGAAUUUCGGCAGACUUGGAAGCUUUUCAGUUCCCAUAUGAAUAUUGAUAUCUCAGAUGAAAACAUCGAUGACUUGGCCCGCAGCAUCGACUUCAACAAAGAUGGAAAUAUAGAUUUCAACGAGUUCAUUGAGGCAUUCCGUCUUGUCAGUCAGUCACCUUCCUGAUGAAAACAAAGACACCAGCUGGAAUGCUGGCUUAUUUUAAAAAACCUUGCUUCUAAAUCCAGAACAAUCUUUCAACCUAACAACGUGCCUCUGAACCAAACAGAAAAGACAGGCUACUCUCUACAAAUCACAGUUCAGCGUUCUAAACAAAUCACCCACUAUGGCUGCAGACAUAUGAAAAGGACUAGGACAAGACACUGAAAACCUCAUUCCAUCCAAACAUUGGUUUUUUAGUAUCACAGAGUCAGCAGUUUCUUUUUAAGUGCUUGAAAGAAUGCAAAGGUUUCAGAUUUACCGUGUAUUUCUGUGCAAAAAUUCCAGACUUUUUUAAAAAAAUUACAAGAUCCUCAUAUUUCUUAA